GUUCAGGUACACUUUCUACAACCUGGACGCCAGGGAGUGCUUUAUCCCCUGCUUGGAGUGUUCAUACGACACCAACGACACCAUCAUGAGGUCUUACUACGUCGACAUCUCCGCUCUUGAGGAAACCGUCAUGAAGCUUUACACGGACAAAGGCUUCAAGGACAAG